UAUAUAUAUAUACGAAUCUCAAAGCACUCUCCACGUUCCACCUUUGUCUCUCUCUCUUAUUCCAAUUCCCAACUCCCAAAUGUCCCACUCCCUCUCCAACGUCGCCUACAGCUGCGGAUCGUGCGGAUUCGACCUGUGUUUGAGCUCCUCGGAUCGGAACACGGCGAGCAUCGGAUCGGCGAAGUAUGGGAGGGCGAUGAGGAAGGGGAUCGUCGCCUUCUCCGCCAUUAACGAGAGCAGGUUCGCGCGCGCGGAGGGGAUCCGGUGCCGACCCUACUUCGAAUCGAAGGGCUCGUGGGGGUUGUUCAGGCGGAGGACCGAGCUCCGGUGCCGCAAAUGCGGGAGCUCGAUCGGGUGCGCGUACGCGACGUUAGGGUGUGGAUCGGAGAAGGGUGCGGUGUACUACAUUAAGAUCGGCGCGUUGCGACCUUCGUGUGGCGAAGACGACGAUGGCGGAUUCCUUGGUUCGCGUGAUGCGAGGUAAGGUUUAAGGGAAAGCUUAUGGUGGGGGGGAAUAGUCCCGUGAAUGUAAAUUGUAAAGAUUUUUUUUUUUUUUUUUUGACUGUGGAGAAUUAUUCCGUGCUUUGUUUGUAAUUUUGUAGUCGAAAGUUCAUGUACAAAUGUUUGUUUCCAGCGUAUCGUCGGUGUUCUCUCCUGCAAGUUAUGUAAUCGAAUGCUAAUCCAUGAUGUCGGAGAUAAAGUCUCUUCUUGCUCGUUUA